GCAUGUUCUUCACUGAGCGUCCAUCACGCACUUUCCAUGAAGUAGUGUCAUGUGGUGUGUAUUGUACAUGGCACAUUACUGCUGCUGUUUAGCGUUUCCUGUUUUUCUGUUGGCACCCCUCCCUCUCCUGCACUAUCCCACCCCUAAGGGCUCUGGCGGAAGUGAGGGCGCUGCUGCUCUGUACACUAGAGAGCUAGGGAAGGAGGCGAACAGUGAUCACACGAGUGCAGAGGCAGGUUUACUAUAGGGCGAAACCACCCCGCCCGCUCGCAAGAGCCACGAGCAGCAGCAGCAGCAGCUUGAGGAGGUGCAUUCUACUGACAGUAUGUGAAGGAGCGUGUGCUCAGGGCUGGGAAGAGCAACAAGAGAGCGCACUGAGGAGCAUGGGGGGCUGCUGUCUGCACUCACGGCUCCCCUGGGGAUCAGCUUGCACUAGCUACUACCUCAUGUGAAAAGACGCACCCCCCCACUGGGCUUUGAACUCCUCGUGCAUGUGAGAGCACCAGCAGCCUCCCAUGGACUGGAGUGUGAGGGGCACAGUGAGCUGUGAUGCGGGGGUGUGACAGGGGAGCCUGGCUGCAAGUGAAGCAGUGAAGUGCAGGGAGGCAGCUCUGACUCUCACACCGAGUAGGAGACUGGCAUGCAGGGCAGCUCAGCACAUUUACACACAGCCGGGCCACUUUACCAGCACUGCCCCAGCCUGUCCCCUGUGCCUGUCACCCUAAGCCGUGCAGCCCCAGGCGCAGCUCCGAGGCACGGUGACACCAACUAGCCAUUGGUCGGGCCACUUCAAGCAGCAGCCACACAGGAGCAAGUGGACAGAGAGAAGGGGGUGUGUACCCAUGCAUUGCUGCUGCCACACUGAGCCUGGAGUGUUCAUGUACCGCAAGCGGCUGCCACAGAGGAAGGCGAUGUCAACGGGCUCCCCAUUGGUUCCACAUUAGCUCGGCCAGUUGUCCUGUCACUGCCUCUCUAUGUAAAUGGCUUCAUUCCCGGAGUCCGAUUUCCAGCUGUGCCCCCUGUGUAAGGAGAUGUGCAUGUCCUCUGCCCCCAUCUCCUCCUCCAGCUCUUCCUCAUCCUCCUCCCAGGUGUCCAACAGCAGCAGUAGUGCUGGCAGCGCAGGAGGAGGUAGCGGCACCGGCUUGGCCUCGGCUCCCCUCCGCAGGCUGCACGUUCUCCCGUGUCUACACGCCUUCUGUCGCCAGUGUCUGGAGGGGCGCCGGACCCCCGGGGAUUCUCUCCAGCUGCGCUGCCCGAUCUGCGACCACAAGGUGCUCAUCUCCGAGGCCGGAAUGGAUGCGCUGCCCUCUUCUACCUUCCUGCACCUCAGCAACCUGCUGGACUCGGUGGUGGGCACAGCCGAUGAGCAGCAACAGAGUAACGGCGGUCGGGCCAAUUUGAACCGACAUCGCUCAGCUUCGUGUUCUUCCUCCGGCCUCCUCCGCAGAGCACCCCCCUGCAAGUCCGAGCCGCGGUGUUCCUCUUGUGACGAGGGCAAUGGGGCCAGCUCGCACUGUUUGGACUGCCAGGAGAACUUGUGCGACAACUGCCUGCGGGCACACCAGCGAGUCCGACUUACCAAGGACCACUUCAUAGAGCGCUUCCCUGCCUCCCCCUGCAGCUCCGCGACUUCCAGUGUCGCCACUACCUUGUCCUCUUCCAGCUCGGCCUUCUCCCUCUUGCCUGUCUACCCCGAGAGACUCUACUGCCAGCAGCACGAUGAGGAGAUUUACAAAUAUGGAAUGCGCAAGAGAGGGUAUACCCUGGCGGAUCUGGUGAGGAUUAAGAAUUGGGUCCUGCAUUUCUACUGUGACUCCUGCUCUGUUCCUAUAUGUCGUGAAUGCACUAUGGGCCGUCAUGCUGGGCACAGCUUUGUCUACCUCCAGGAAGCUCUUCAGGACUCAAGGGCACUAACUAUUCAGCUGCUGGCUGAUGCCCAACAAGGCCGUCAAGCAAUUCAGAUGAGUCUAGAGCAGGCUCAAGCAUUGGCAGAACAAGUUGAGAUGAAAUCCAAAGUGGUGCAGUCCGAGAUCAAAGCAGUCACGUCUAGACAUAAGAAGGCAUUGGAAGAGAGAGAAUGUGAGCUGCUCUGGAAGGUUGAAAAGAUACGUCAGGUGAAAGCAAAGUCUCUUUAUCACCAAGUUGAAAAACUCCACCAGGCCCUUAAUAAGCUGGACAGCACAAUUAAUGCAGUGCAGCAAGUCUUGGAGGAAGGCUGUACUAUGGAUAUCCUCAUAGCUCGUGAUCGUGUUUUGGCUCAGGUGCAGGAUGUAAAGAAUGCUAGAGGCCUUCUACAACUUCAAGAAGAUGACAGGAUUAUGUUUACUCCUCCUGACCAAGCCUUGUUCCUUGCCAUCAAAUCCAUGGGUCUUGUCAGCAGUGGAGCUUUUGCAGCUUUGACUAAAGCCACUGGAGAAGGACUUAAACGUGCCCUACAGGGAAAAGUUGCAUCAUUCACUGUAAUAGGAUAUGACCAUGAUGGAGAAGCCUGCCUCUCAGGUGGGGACCUCAUAACAGUGUUGGUGAUGGGUCCAGAUGGCAAUCUCUUUGCUGCUGAGGUCAGUGAUCAGCUGAAUGGUACCUACUUAGUGAGCUACCGGCCUCAGCUGGAAGGGGAGCACCUUAUUUCUGUCAUGGUUUGCAACCAACACAUAGAAAGCAGUCCCUUUAAAGUUAAUGUAAAAUCAGGACGUUGCUACUCGGGUAUUGGACUUCCUACCCUCUCUUUUGGUGGGGAGGGUGAUAAUGAUGGGAAACUUUGCCGCCCCUGGGGAGUUUGUGUUGACAGGGAAGGUUACAUAAUUGUGGCUGAUAGGAGCAACAACCGUGUCCAAAUUUUUAAGCCAUGUGGUACCUUCCAUCACAAAUUUGGCAGCCUUGGCUCUAGACCUGGACAGUUUGAUCGACCUGCUGGAGUAGCUUGUGACAGUUCACGUAGAAUUGUUGUUGCAGACAAAGACAACCACCGUGUUCAAAUAUUUACCUUUGAAGGCCAAUUCUUACUGAAGUUUGGUGAAAAGGGGACCAAGAAUGGCAUGUUCAACUACCCUUGGGAUGUGGCAGUUAAUUCUGAAGGAAAGAUCUUAGUUUCAGACACUCGAAACCACCGUGUCCAGCUGUUUGGUCCUGAUGGGACAUUCCUUAACAAGUAUGGCUUUGAGGGUGCACUCUGGAAGCACUUUGACUCUCCCCGAGGUGUAGCAUUUAGCCAGGAUGGCUAUCUGGUUGUGACUGACUUUAAUAAUCAUAGGUUAUUAAUAAUCAAGCCAGACUGUCAGUCAGCACAUUUCUUGGGCACAGAGGGCACAGGCAAUGGGCAGUUUUUGCGACCACAGGGUGUAGCAGUUGACCAGGAAGGCCGCAUCAUUGUGGCAGACUCCAGAAAUCACAGAGUGCAGAUAUUUGAGCCAAAUGGCAGCUUUCUGUGCAAGCUUGGAACGCAAGGAAGCGGCUUAGGUCAAAUGGAUCGCCCAUCUGGUAUAGCUGUAACUCCUGAUGGCACAAUUGUUGUGGUGGAUUUUGGUAAUAACCGCAUUCUAGCCUUUUGAUCUGUUCUCAACGCAAAACUGUCUCAGGGAAACCCAUUCAAGAAACAAAUAUUGAAAUGAGCAACUACCUCAUACUUUUGUCUAGCAAACACAUAUACUGUUACCUAGAUACAGCCUGUGAAGAGUAAAUCAAAUUCAGGAAAUAUCUACCUCAAAACCUCUUGGAAGGAGGGGUGUUAAUUAUCCUGCUUUAUUUCUCUCAAACUGCACAACGGAUUAAGUUCAUACCUCAAAUAAAAAAAAAUAAAAAAAGAUACAUUUUGGAACUGCACCUGCUUGGAGAUUGCAUAAAAAUCUCUCGUGAAUAAGCCAAAAGGGCUAUAAACUACAAAGAAAAGUACUGGGAAUUGUUUGUUUAAAACAAACGUGUCCUCUAUAACCAAAUUGUUGGAUUUCUUCUUUACCAGUGCUGCUGCAACAGAGGGCACCUUGUUUCUUUCCAAUACCUCCAUGUGUUUUAAAACAAAGAUACCUCAGCAUGCAUAUUUUACAAAGUGUUUUUUUUUCCUUCUAGAAUUUCAAAUACCUCAGUAGUUGAAGCUGUAAUUCUUUUAUGUAUAUUUGCUGUUAAAGCACAGUAACAUGUUGCUUGACUUAUUUCAGAUUAGUCACAUGUUUUCCUCUCAUGUCUGUAUUCAUUUUACAGAUUCCAUCCAGUACUAGACAUGUUUGUUAGCAUGGCAGGAUGGUUUUUACUUGUUUCACUGGAAUACCCUCUAGGGGAUGAAGAGUGUGAAAAGGUGAGGAUCAUCACGUACCAGUCAAGUCUUCGCAUAUGAGAAAUGUAAAUGGAGCUGUUGCAACAGAGUGACCUAGCUGAUGUCAUUAUUUUAUUAUAAUAGUCAGACCAAAGGUGACAAAGGGACACGACCAGCCACAGCACAAUAGUUAUGUUUAGCAUCUGCUUGAAUCAGUGCUAUAUCUAUACCUCAGUUACAAGCAGGGAACUAUGAAGUGAUUUUUUUUGGAAAGUUUUUUGUUUGCUUUUUCUUAAAAUGUUAUUCAUUUGUAUUACUUUACAAAGACAGACUCAUCUGUCAUGAUAUCCUUAUCAAGCACGUCAUUGUAAGAACCAUGGUUGAAACCAAAACAUAGCCAGCAGUCAACUUGUAUUUGGUUGAACAAAAAACGGAAGCAACGCUAUUUGCAUAAAGAAGGGGGUUGCACAUCAGGAUUCAUGCCACUGUUUCAGUCAUUCAGUGCUGCUGAAAUCAUUGUGUUUUCCCUUUUCCUUUUUUUAUGAGGACAGUUGAGCUUCCUCGUUGAAAAUCAUACAGAGGUUAUUGUCUAAGCUUUUGUAUUGUUUUUGCCAUUCUGCACUGGUGUCUCAUAUCAUAGCAUGUGUACCUAAAAGGAAAACUAUAGCCCCAAAAUGAAUAUUUAAGCAACAGAUAGGUUAUAUCAAAUUAAGUGGCAUAUUAAAAAAAAUCUUACCAAACUGGUAUAUAUAUAUAUUUAAGUAAA